AUACACUUAAGUUCUCAUUUAUACUGUCAUGGCCUAAAGCAAAUGCGGUAAAUGAGGAAAAUAUUUCAAAUAAGGUUUACAUUGUCCAAUUUCAGUGAAUAUUGACAUAUUAAAGGAUAUCAAAACAGAAAAUGUUGUAUCUUGGAAAAGGAAGAGGGAAUAUAAAACGAAAACGCGGGAUGUUGCUGUUUUUGAUCUCUAUUUGCACACUGAGCUGUACAUAUAUUGCUUUCAAUUCAACAGUAAAACAGCCACAGACAGUAGAACAGGCGAAAACAAGCCGCCUUGUGCCGUCAAGCCUUGUGUAUGAAUAUGGAUCAACCACUACGAGCGCAUGUGAAAGUAAUAUAACCUUCUAUGAACAAGAGUUUGUUGUUUUGAAGUAUGCCAGACAUAUUAAGAAGGACGUGUUUUCAAUAAUCUGCAGAAAUGCAGUACCUCAGUAUGCGUUUAAAUACCAAUGGGACAACACGAAACCCCUGCAAGAAUGGCUUCAAAAGCUACAAACUGCUACUAGUGUUUUCCAGACGGGAGCCAUUUAUCCGGUCAAUGACAUCCCGACCUUUGUCUUUAAACGCAUUGAAGCCCAUAACCUCUACCACACAAUGUGUGAAUGGAUGAAUGUAUUUUAUAUUUCUAAACAACUACAAUUAAGUCCAUCGAAUGUUGACAUUUUAUUCAUUGAUGAAAGACCGGGAAAUAUGUUGGAUCCUGUUUGGAAUACACUGUUUGGAACAAUUACAAAGGCCGAUAGUGAGCAGGAACUUCCUGUGUUUGGAACGUUGAUCUGGAGUAUAAUUGGGUACAUCAGUCCUUUGAAUAAUCAUGCUUUGAACGAUGUUCCAUACCUACAAGAGUUCAGAGAUUUCUUCCUAGCCUCCUUCAGGAUAAAGACUAAAACUAAACUAAACUGCAAACAGUUAACAAUAACAGUGAUUCUUCGGAGAGAUUAUAUGACUCAUCCAGAAAGGCAAGCAAUUUUCGGAGGUCGAGUUCAUAGGAAAUUUGAAAACGAGGGCGAAAUAAUAUCAGCAUUGAAAAACAAUUUCCCGGAAGCAAAUAUAACAGCUAUAAGGUUGGAGGGCCUUACCAUGCUAGAGCAGCUAUCUCUCAUUACAAAUACUGAUAUUUUAGUAGGAAUGCAUGGGGCCGGAUUAAGUCACGUGCUAUUUUUACCAGACCACGCUCAUGUUAUAGAAUUGUUUCCUUUAUCAUUUCACUCAGAUACAUAUAUUCAUUUUCGAACAUUUGCAAGGUGGCGUAAUUUAAAAUAUUUGUAUUGGCAAAACACGGAAGAGGAAAAUGAAUUUAAAGGUUUUUAUACACAUAUACCAAAGAACAUAGUUGAUGUGCUAUCUACUAAGGCAAAUGCUUCAUUAUGUGGAAAUAUAUAAGCCAUUUCGUUAUAAUUUCUUGAAAAUUGAUGUAACAUUUGAGGAUCAACGAGCAGAAUUUCAUAUACCAACUUAUUUCUGAUAAUAUCGCAGGAUAAUAACAAUAUUUAAUGAAAACAACAACAGGAAACAAUUACUUUAUGUAAGUCGAUAUUUAGUCACCUUACUGGAGUCUGGUAGUGUGGACUAGGAACCCUUCAAAAUGCUAUAGCAAAGUGUACAUAGUGAAGCUUCAAUUUACAACACUUUUGCAGUAGAGCAUUAUACCAGUUGUAUAAAUGAUAAGCCUGUUUGGGGCACACGGUUCAAGGGUGACAGACGCGUCGUUAGAAUUAAAGAACGACAUAUUUCGUGUACCUAUAUAUUAAUAUAUAUUGGGGUUACCGCAUUUGAACACAAAAAAACAAAUUUACCAGAAGCUCACAUCUGGUCCAAAAGUUGUCUGUAAUAACAGGUUAUCUAUGUAUGGCUGCCAAAUUUCUAGAUGGCCACCAUAUAUAGUGGUUCUUGUGACCUGAAUAAAUGGCCUGUUUAGUAAAAGGUAAUGGUUAUUAAGAUGUUGAAAGUAAAGUCUAUAAACAAUUCGAUUUAAUGUGUUACAGUAUUGCAGACAUUUUAUCACUUAAUUUAUGUAACCUAUGUAUGAUACGGACCAAAAAAUAUAAGAUGGCGUUCAAGAUGGCCACCAUUAAUAUCUAAUUUUUAUCUCUAAAUUUGGCACACGGAAAAAAUUAAGAUAAUCCUAUUUAUUUCAUUAUAUAUUUAAGGCCCUUGAUCCCAAUGUACCUUAAAUUUACAUGCUGCAUUGAUUUCCUUAUGGACAAGGUCAAUUCAAUCUGAGGGUCAAGGAACGAAAAUGCCACAACAUUUGAUAUUUCCUGUGUAAUUUUAUAGUUUUUGAUGCUAAUGCAAUUGUGUCUAUCCAAUGAGGGAUGACAUAAAUUUAAACAUAAUAUAUAUUUUUUUUAAUUUAAAGCAGCUGAAUCGUUUAUAUAAUUUAAACUACUAGUGUUAUGGCUAGGUUAAGGAGCCUCUCAGGAUAUAUCCUUUAUGUCCACAAAAUCUAAUAUGGCCCCAUGUGGUAUUGAUUAAUUGUCUCAAUUAUAGAGCUGCACACUGGUUUGGUUGGCUUCGAAUGGGGCAUAUGUUUGCCAAAUGUGUAGUUGGCGAUGAAGUGCCUAAGGUGAAAAGCACAUGGGUUACUUUGGCUCUGAUUAAUCUAAAUGGACUACAUGUGACACUAAACUAAAUGACAGCUGCAUAUGCGCUAGUUUUGCUUUGAAUGAACUUUAUGGUUGCCAAAAUCUGGACAAUAUAGCACUGGGUAGGCUAAUUAGAGCUACACAUGGGUUUGGCUGAACUUGAUGGGGCCAGAAUGAUGUGAUCUUUAAGUCUUAAUUAGAACUGCAUACAUGUUUCUUUGGCUCUUAAAAAGCGCUAUGAUUGCUUGAACUGGUCAUUACGUCACUUAAUAUGCUUAAUAAGAGCUAUGCAUGUGUUUGUUUUGCUCUGAAUUAUCUUAAUGAUCUUUGCCAAGAUAUGGUUCAUUUGGCAUUUAUUAGACUUAAAAAAGCUGCAUAUAGGUUUGUUGGGCUCUAAAUGGGCUUCAUGCUGUUGUUUUUUCGCUUGUGUUAUUCAUAAACUUUGUCUCUAAUUUAAGCUUCGUGGUUGCAAAAUAUAGUCUGCUUUUCACUGAGUAGGCUUGGAGCUGUAUAUUUGUAAUUUAGGUCUCUACAUUGGCUGUAUGGUUGCCAUCAUGUGAUCUAUUUGAUACUGAGUGUACUAUGUUGAAAUAUAGCAUGGGCUUGUUUUGCUCCAAAUUGGGCUGAUGGUUGCUACAUGUAAUCAUUUUGGCAGUGCAACGGUUUCAUUAGUAAUACACAGUUUGUUUUGCUCUGAAUCUGCUUCAUUGUUGCGAAAAUGUGGUCAAUUGUGCACUGUCGGGCUACACAUGCCCUUGUCAUGCUCAGAAUGUGCAUAAUUGUAGUCAAAAGUAAGACAGUAGAGAACUGGAUUGACUAAAAACAGACUCUCUGAGGUUUGUUUAUAUAUGAAAUUUGCUUUACUGUGAUCAUUAAAGUAAUUUUCAGACACUGGAAGGGUCUGUGUAGAAGUAUUCUGUGGUUAAGAAUGCCGAAUAAUGCUGCUUUACUGUUUGCCUGACACAUGGUGGACUUAACUGUAGCUACAUUUGUGUUUACUGGUACUGCGAUGGAUGUGGAAGAGCCCUCCUGUGGUAUGUUUGACACUUGAUAAACUUUUUGCAGCAGAAUUUUGAAUAACUGGGCACUGAAUUGACUUGUGAUCCUAUAUAGGAUUUCUUUACACUCAGUGGUCUCAAGUCUAACAAAGGUUUUUUGGACACACCGUGGGCUUGAUAACAGUCAGUUUAUGGUAGCUGUAUGGCAGAUUUGGGUAGAUGAUCCCCAGAAUGUGAUUACAUGAGCGCUGGCUUAACUUUUGUAAACCACGGCUACCGCUUGUUUAAUAAUGAUUCGGCUUGGCUGUAACCACAAUAGGGAUACAGAGGGCUAUUGGGGACCUACUCAGUGGACUUAUAGAAACACGAUUUGGCUUUCUAAAUACUCUUUGACCUUGGAAAGAUAUUAUUUUUGGGUUGUCUGGAACUAGAAUAAUUGCUCAACAGGUUGGAAUAAAACACUGAAUAAACUUAAAAAGUGAUAUUUCCGGCUCGAUAGGACUACAGGAAAUUCCCCAAAAUAUUUUAUAUGAAACUAGUCAAGCACUGAGUUUCUGAAUUAAAGUAACGUAUGCUGAUCUAAUCGUCUAUUGAAAGGCUCUUUUGAAGGUGGACUUAAUUUAAUCUGAAUUUAUAACGAUUUAAUAUGUGAUGAAAUUACAAGAUUACUUUAGGCUACGUGUUCAGAAAAUUUAUUAAUGUUUUAUGUUGAUUUGAUAUGUUUACCCGACGGUAGUAGUGCAUGCCUUGUAGAAUUAUAUUUCAUGUGUAUUUUCGAUAUUGUAGAUCCUAUUAACAAAAUGUAUAAGCAUUUCUUUAGCAUAUUGAUAUAUACAUUAAUUUACAAUUUGCUUAGAAAUUAGUUUUAAUUUGUUAUUUGUAAAGUAAGCAGUUUCUUAAGUAGUGAAUCAAAUGAACUUUUAGUCUCGGUAGUGCAUCAAAUAAACUGUAGUCAUGGUAUUGAAUCAAAUUAACUUGUAUUAACGGGGAUGAAUAGAAUUCUCAUAAUAAUCAUUUUCGCUCACAGUGGGGAAUCAUACGACCUUAGCUAGAUAUAUUACAAUUACAUAAUAAAAGUUACUUAAUCAAGCUAUAAUUGUCGAAUUACAUGAUUUGGAGAUCAAUUAUUUAACAUAAUUUCAGUACUAUUUUAUUAGUCUUAUUUAGAGUUGCAACCAUCUAACUGUAUUGCUACAAGUGUGUAUUUAUUGUAUAUUUUAUACAUUUGCCUUACUGUGAGUUUGAUUGUUCAAAUUUUAAAUUCAUUUACACUUUUUAAUUAAGUCCGAUUUUAAUAAUUUUGAUUUAUUUUGUAUUUAGUAAGUUAUUUCGAGUAAUGUAUUCAGUGAAAAUUCCAUAUAUAUCAGUCCCUGAAAUUUAUUUUGCAUAUCUGAAAUUUAAUGUCAUUUUUUAUAUUUCUAUACACUGUAAAGGGUGAUUUUAUAAUAUUCUAAAUUAACUUUGAAUUUUCUAGAAGUGAUUUGUAGCAUAAGAAACUGAAUAUUGUAAUUAAAAUAGUACAAUAAUCAGUGAUUUGUGACCAUUAAACAUUUCUGUAAUUAAUAUAUAAAACAUUUCACACUUUUAUUAAAUACUGUGUUGUGAUUAAUAUUGUGUGGGUUGUGAUAUAAUAAAACUUGUCAGACAAGGAGGAACGCAUUGACCAUAUGGACAGAGAAGAGGACAAGUUGGAUACAUCCACAUGUGAUGGUCGAGUUUAUGUUUCUGUAGAGGAGGCUAAAAUUUUGGAAGCCAUGAAAUUACUUGGCAUAACCUUCAGACAUGAUGAAACUCGCAGGCAUUUAGAUAUGAUAAAACAAAUAUUGAUGUAAAGCCAACUCCAAAAUCUACUGAAUCGAGGGCACUUCAUUUUCCUAAGCUUUCAACAUUCUACGGUGAUGAUGGCAAAGAUGAAGUUUCAUGGGAAACAUGGAAGUAUGAGGUUGAAGCUUUGAUCAAUGAGAUAUUCUUUUCAGAAGAGCAGAUUAUGUUAGGUAUAAGAAGAUUAUUAAAGAGCGUGGCAGACGAUAGAAUCAGACGAUUUGGACAGGGUGUUAGAUAAGAUUAUAAUAAUUUAAUGAUGACUCAGUUGGAAAAUGAUUAUGUAACACUCGAAUCUAGUGAAAGGCUAAUGCAUGAAUUCUAUGCAUGUGAACAGCGCUCAUCUGAAAGUGUGCAUACAUAUGCAUCAAGACUUGAAGACCUUUUUGAUCAAGCAGUCAAUUUACGUACUGUAAGGUGUACUGGCAAAGGUUUAGUAAAAUAAGUAUUUCAUUCGGGUUGAGGAAAGAGUUGAAGCACUUAACAAUUUACCAGAGAGAUGGGAUGACUCAUUUUGAGGAUUUCAAAAGAUAAGUUAGAAAUACUGAGGCAGAUUUGUCUCAAAGCCCUAAAGUCAAAAGAAAACCUGUAAGGCUGCUGUAAAUGUUGAUAGGAAAGAGGAGAAUGGUGACAUGGGCAAAGUGAUGCCACUUUUGCAAAAACUUUAUGAUAGAAUGGGAACAUUAACACACAACAAUGUUCCAAAAGAGGCAAUAAUUUUCCAAGUUUCUAGUUCUGAUGUCGGAAGACGUUUGCUGCUCACCGACAAACAUCAGGCCAAAAAAUGGCUAUGCCCAAUGGCUAUUAAAGACCAAGAGAUCACCCUAGGGACCAAAUCGCUGGAAUUGGAUAGUUGGGAUAGCUCGUCUGGCCAAAUCCAAAUAUGAGUUUACUCUUGUCAAGUUCUGAGAGCUCAGUCAGUUAUGUUAGACGACCUUCACAUCCCAUCCAGGGGCAACUGAUGUGGCCGAGCAGGCACAAAGACACAGAUUCAAUCUAUUUAUCUUACAAUGUAAAAAAUGUUGUCAAUUACAAGCCUUAAUCCUU